AUGGCCAGUCAAAAGAUAGAUUUGGUCGACAACUUCUUUCGUGAGGAAAACGCCCCGGAUCGGAAAGAAGGUCGAGGACCUCCUCCCACUCCCGUGGAGAUUGCGAUCAUGGUUUGGGUACUAGGACUGAUAUGGGUAGAGAUCAAACAACUUUGGGAUUCUGGCUUUCACGACUAUUGUCACAAUUUGUGGAAUAUUCUGGAUUUCAUUACCAACUCGCUCUACCUUUCGACAGCUGCUCUCCGGAUAGUUGCUUACUGCCAGUAUGCUAUGUAUCGUAAGCUCGAGCGCUAG